AUGCCUGACAUAAUCGAUGAAUUGUCCGCCGUUCGCAUCCCGGCGGCGACGCGCCAGCCGGUCCGCUGCCCGCCGGUCGUCGCCAACUUUCCGUCCGAGCAUCUGGUGAUAGGCUGCGGCGUCGCCAUCUUUCACGUCGCCUCCGCCCGCGUCGUGCUGUGCCGCCAUACCCGCGAUCGCUACUGGUUCCUGCCGAAAGGCCGUCGCGACGCGGGCGAGGAGACUAAUCGAGCGGCGGAGCGGGAGGGCUUUGAAGAAUCCGGCUACCGCAACCGCCUCCUCCCCCUCCCCGUCCACCACCGCCAACCCCAGAACAACGCCGCCACCACCUCCCCCGAGACCACCCAACCACCACCCUCCCUCUCCUCCCUCUUCGUCACCGAGCCCCUCUACACCCAGCUCGUCCCCGUCUCCCCCCGCACCCAGUACCUCCUCUUCUGGUACGCCGCCGAGACCCUCCCUCCGGCCGUCGAAGCCGCCAUGCCGCCGCCAGGGCCUGGCGUGCCGUACGUCGCUGCUCCUCCUGCUCCUGCUGCUCCUUCUCCCCUUCAUCCGGACGCCGCUGCUCCAGGAGAAGAGCCAACCAGCCUCCUCGCCCGCGUGCGCGCCGAGCCGCCUGACUACCAGCCGCGCAGGUGGGAGGGGACGGGCGUGGAUGAAGAGGAGCUGCUGUACGAGAGCUUUUUGGUGCCGGUGCAGGAGGCCGGGCGGAAGUUGGGGGGUGGGGUGAUGGCGGAGGUGGUGAGGAGGGGGUGGGAGGGGGUGGUGGAGAGGAUGGCGUUGGAGAGGGCGGUGGAGGAGCAACGGCAGCAGCGGCAGGUUCAGGGGGGUGGGAAGGAGGAGGGAGAGAGCGGGGAAUUGCAUGGAUAG